AUGGACGAUAUUGAAACAGGGAAACUGCAUUCCAGCAGUCACUCUAACCAUUCGAUGAACUCAGGGCAUUGCAAGCUUCGUCGCAAGCGGUCCAAAGACUCCCAGAAUUGGAGUGAACGCUCAAAACAAUCUCACCAUCAUCACCAUGGUGAGCAUCACAAUCGCCAUCAUUCCAAGAAGUAUGACCAUUACAGGAAUCACCAUCGUUCCAAGAGUCACGACCGUUCCGAGAACCUCCAGCAUUCAAGUCAUUCCAAGAAGCAUUACCAUUCCAAUAAGAAUCACCAUCGUUCCAAGAGUCACGACCGUUCCGAGAAUCUCCAGCAUUCAAGUCAUUCCAAGAAGCAUCACCGUUCCAAUAAGAAACACCUUCGUUCAAAGAGUCAUGACCGUUCCGAGAGUCAUGAUCGUUCCAAAAACCCUGUCCGUUCCAAGAGCCAUGACAAUCUCAAGAGCCAUGACUAUUCCAAAGGACAUCAUCAUUUAAAGAAUCACAAUUAUUCCGGACGGUCAAGGAAUCCGAAACCAUCAAAGAGCGCGACGAGAUCAAAGAGCCCAAAACGAGCAAUAGAUGAAUUGAGAAAAGAGAAGCGCAGGAUAGAAGAAAUGAUGUUUAGAGGAACGAAAAAGAUAGGAAUGAAGAUUGGCGGAUCGAAGUUGGAACUAGGCGGGCCGUUCGACAACCACAGCAGUUUGGGCAAUAGUCAUGGGACUUUCGAUACCCUUGAAUGCUUCGAGAUAGCAAAGGAACAAAAACAAUUCACAAAAGAAGAACAAAUCAGAGAUCUGGAUGAGGCCCUUGCCCUUUAUGGAUUUGCCGAAAUUGCUGCGCGAAGAAUACAGGCAGUCUUCCGAGAACGACAACAGAAAAGGGAAUUGCUCAAAGAACUAGAAGACACAGAGGACGAAUCUGACGAACUGAAAACGGGUGAUGAUAAUGACGAUGCCUCAACCAAGGAUAAAUCCAACACGAUCACAAUAGUGUUGCUCGCACUUUUCUUUAUAGUCAUGACCGGUCCAAAGCUUGCCCUGACCUGCUGGAACGGCAUCAAAAAGUGUUUUGGGGGCAAUGAUGCUGGAGGAGAGGAAGGCAUGGCAAACGUAACCGUCCCACAUGGUGGAGAAGGCGCGGUCGGAGGCACUGGACCUGCCCCAACGGGCGGUGAAGGUGGUGCGGCGGGUGGAGCUCAAGCUGGAGCGCAAGGGGCAAUGGCUACCCAGGCUGCGAGCUCUGCGGCUUCAGGAGCGGCUUCUGGAGUCGCCAGUGGAGCCGCUGCUGGCGCUGCAGCAACUUCUGCCGCGGCUGCGGCUGGUGCCGCCGCGGCUGGAGCAGGUAUAACUCAAGUAGCAGCCGUUGUAGUUGUUUCUACUGCUGCCAUUGCGGCCACAACAGCUGCAGUGGUCAAUCCUACUCCUGAACCUAUAUUAUCGGUGUGCGGUCUUGCCACUCCGGACAUUCGAAGCGGUCGUAUGGUGAUGCUCUUUGAAGGCGUUCCUCGACCAUUUGACGAGCGAGAGUCGGGGCUAGUCUCAAAUCUGGUUUUGGAAGCCUACAAUGAAAUCACCUUUGGUACCAACGUGGUGGUCAUGGGAUGUCUAGACCCACUUGCCCGGGAGAUGCGAAGUGUUUCGAUUGUGAACCAGACGCUAUCAAUUUUGACGGAUAGAUUGGUUUCGACCAUGCUAGAAGUGGUAUUUGAGGCUCAGGUAUCUUGUGACCGAUGUUCUGAAACGAAUCCGCUAUUCAGUGAGGACCAACUGGACAGCACUGAUACUUCAGGAAACAAUACCGAUGCGACAGAUAAUAAUACCGCAAACUUUGACGUCGCAUCAAACGCUACGGCUGAAGGCGUGGUACAACUGGACAAAGAUCAAUCUCGACUGCUUCAAACAGGAGGGUUCACAGUAGAUUUCUCGAGUCAGAAGUUUUUUCAGAAGUUGAUCCAGCUGGUGAUUUUCGAGACAGAAGAGCUGUCGGACAAGGGAGAGCUACCCGAAGGCUUUGUUCAAAUCUCCAAAGCCUUAGUAAUCACAAAUGAUGCAGAGGAAGAAGAAUUGGUGACGGAAAUCAAGUACAAACGUGAGCCUGGCCAGGGUGGUGGAAUUAGUGGUGGAGGAGGCAGUACCGUUGGUGGUGGUGGUGGUAGUAGUGGUAGUAGCGGUGGCGGUAGUAGCAGUGGCGGUGGUGGUGUUAAUGUACGGGCUACCUUUGAAUUCGAAUUUGUUGACGCAAGCGGACAGGUUCAAAAGGAGACCGUAGCCAUCACAGUAGAAGGCGGAGCUGUUCCAACAACCUCGUUUCCCACUUUCCAGCCGAGCCAUUCACCCACGGACCUUCCUUCGAUUUCGCCAACUAAUGUAUUCUCUGGCCAACCCACUACCUUUCCAAGUGCUCGACCAACGAAUAUGCCUACUGGUACCCCAAGUAUAGCACCCUCUGGAGUUCCCAGUAGUGUUCCAAGUGAAGCACCAUCUCCGGCACCAAGCAUUCUGAAUAGUGAUACGCCAACUUUAUCUCCAAGCAUGGAACCGUCAUCAAUGCCAUCAAUGGUUCCAUCAGCGCGUCCCAGUAGGAGUCCUUCCUCGAUUCCUUCAUUAGUCCCAAGCGAAGUUCCAUCCGUGGUUCCUUCGUUUGUACCUUCCGAGAUACCCUCCUUUGUUCCAAGCUUCGUGCCUUCGGAGGUUCCAAGCAUGCAACCGUCUAUGGUGCCAUCUGCAAAUCCGUCGGCUGCUCCAUCCGAAUCGCCAUCAUCCCAACCUUCUUCCACCAUUAACUUGAUCGUACCCGGUUUCCCAGGAUCCCAAAGCACCACCCAUUCAGCCGGUUAUGAAGCGUUCAGAGGCUACGAUGGAAACUUUGCUUCUAUAACGCACACAGCUCUACAAAAUGAUCCUUGGUGGCAGGUGCACAUAGGCGCAGGCUGGGGCAAUCGACCGUGUACCGUAAAGACUGUCAUUGUUUGGAACAGACGAGAUUGCUGUCCGGAACGAUUGUAUGGUGCAUAUGUCCAACUGAUUGCUCUAAAUGGAAAUUUGAUACAACAGCAACAGAUUACUAAUAGCAUUGGAUUUGGUAGCCAGACGCUCAACUUCGGUGCUGUGCCCAAUGUCUACUUCAUAAGGAUUCAUAUAUAUGGGGCUGCCAGAAUUCUUACCAUUGCAGAGAUGCAAGCUACAGGAUACGUCCUUUGA